GUGCGUACUUCCGGCUGCCGGGUUGACAUGAAGAAGCAGCGGCGGCUAGGGCGGCAGUAGCGGCGGGAGUCGAGCCUUGCAGCGGGACUCAGAGCUGAGAGCGCGGCGCGGCCUAGAGCAGCAGGCGGUGCAGUGGGCCCAGGAGGAGGCGCAGCAGCCGCCCUGGCCCGUCAUGGAGAUGGAAAAGGAGUUCGAGCAGAUCGACAAGGCCGGGAGCUGGGCGGCCAUUUACCAGGAUAUCCGACACGAAGCCAGUGACUUCCCAUGUAGAGUGGCCAAGCUUCCUAAGAACAAAAACCGAAACAGGUACAGAGAUGUCAGUCCCUUUGACCAUAGUCGGAUUAAACUGCAUCAAGAAGAGAAUGACUACAUCAAUGCUAGUUUGAUAAAGAUGGAAGAAGCCCAGAGGAGUUACAUUCUUACCCAGGGCCCUUUGCCUAACACAUGCGGUCACUUUUGGGAGAUGGUGUGGGAGCAGAAAAGCAGGGGCGUUGUCAUGCUCAACAGAGUGAUGGAGAAAGGAUCGUUAAAAUGUGCGCAGUACUGGCCACAAAAAGAAGAAAAAGAAAUGAUCUUUGAAGACACAAAUUUGAAAUUAACCUUGAUCUCUGAAGAUAUUAAGUCGUAUUACACAGUACGGCAGCUAGAAUUGGAAAACCUUACAUCUCAAGAAACUCGAGAGAUCUUACAUUUCCACUAUACCACGUGGCCUGACUUUGGAGUCCCUGAAUCGCCAGCUUCAUUCCUAAACUUUCUUUUUAAAGUUCGUGAGUCAGGGUCACUGAGCACGGAGCACGGCCCUGUCGUGGUGCACUGCAGUGCGGGCAUUGGCAGGUCGGGGACCUUCUGUCUGGCUGACACCUGCCUCUUGCUGAUGGACAAGAGGAAAGACCCUUCUUCUGUCGACAUCAAGAAAGUUCUGUUAGAAAUGAGGAAGUUUCGGAUGGGACUGAUCCAGACAGCAGACCAGCUCCGUUUCUCUUACCUAGCUGUGAUCGAAGGUGCCAAAUUCAUCAUGGGAGACUCUUCAGUGCAGGAGCAAUGGAAGGAGCUCUCCCAUGAGGACCUGGAGCCCCCACCCGAACACGUCCCCCCUCCUCCUCGGCCCCCCAAACGAAUCCUGGAGCCACAUAAUGGGAAGUGCAAGGAAUUCUUCCCCAACCACCAGUGGGUAAAGGAUGAAACCGGGGAGGAUACAGAAGCCUGCUCCAUCAAGGAAGAAACCAGAACCCCCUUAAAUGUCCCUUGCAGCAUGGAAAGCACGAGUCCAGACACUGAAGUCAGAAGGCGGGCUGUGGGGGCAGGUCCUGCCCAGGGGGAGCCUUCGCCACCCAAGGAGGAGCAGGACCAGGCGCUGAUUCCCUGGAAGCCCUUCCUGGUCAACAUGUGCAUGGCCACGGUCCUCACAGCCGGCGCGUACCUCUGCUACAGGGUGGUGUCACCAGAUACACAGUUUAUAUUUGAUUUCCCAGGGAAAGAUUCCCAUGCUUUUACGAAUGUAAACUCCUUUGGAGAAGAGGGUUUAAGGGUUUAGGGCGCGGUCUUGCUCAGUCGCUUCCUCUGCUGUGCGCAUACUGAGCUUGGACAGUGCCUGCGAGCUUUCCCGUUUUUAGAAGAGAAACAACAAAAGGCCAGCUCUAGAAAACAAAGCCCGGCUUCUGCUUUUGCUCAGGGUGUCCCCACCGGUUUCCCAUUGCUCGUUUCUCCUUCCGGCUCUCUGGGUCAGGCCCCUCCCUCAUCCCCCCACCUCCACAAAUGGGGUUCCUCAAGGCCCCUGCCUCGGGGUCCGAGGUCACGGCAGGGUGGCCACCAGCUUCUCACCCUGCCAUUGAGGUCCAGAAGGAACAAUUUCCACUUUCUUCGGAAUAUAAAUGCUGUUUCAGUAGAAAUCCACACGUGAGAAGUAUGUUGCUGUUAAAGUGAGGGGAAGAGGGGGGAUUAGCCUCAAAACUCUGGUCAUGGAAAUCACCUCACGGGACUUCUUGAAAAUUUUUAAAUAUUUUCUCUCUUUCCAAGCGACCAUCUUUGAGUAUAUCGGAUGGUUUAACAACAUGUAAACGAGAUUUUCCUUCAGGGUGAUUUUUGGGGAGGGGGGCUCUUGUAAAAGAGAAAGGAAACCCCCUUCGCUGGAGGCUGGAGGGGCUGGGGGCCGGAGUGGGGGGGGCGGGCUAGUGCGUGAGUCUGCGGCUCUGCGGUGGGGGGGCUGGGCUCAUCUGAAAAUGCUUGGUUUCAUUCCGGUUCCUGUUCGGCAGCGGCACAUAGUCUGACCCACCCCACCGCCCGCCUAGCAGGCCUGUCGCGGGGGGGGGGGGGGGGGGGGGGGCGAGGACAGCGUAGCCAGCCGUGACCUGGACGGACGUUUGUUCUGCACUGAAACCACCCGCCCUGGGCUGUUGGUUGUUACUCCUUUGGACUUUGCUGCCCCUCCCUUUCUUCGCAUACCAAAUCCACAGCCCAUUUUUUGAGGAGAGCAAAGGAGAGUCCGGUGCUGGUGGCCUGCGUAAGUCGCGAGGCUCGCCCUGCCGCACGCUCCCUCUUGGUGCGGCCCAGCACAUCCCGGUGGGCAGCAGACGGUGUCCGCCCCCUGGGCCUCCGCGGAGACUGUGCGGUGAGCCUCUCCGCUCCGUAUUUAUUUCUUUGUUCUUGUCGUUUUCCCCAAAGGCAUCCAUAGUGCACUAGCAUUUUCUUAAACCAAUAAUGUAUUAAAAUUUUUGAUGUCAGCCUUGCAUCAAGGGCUUUAUCAAAAAGUACAAUAAUAAACCCUCAGGUAGUGCUGGGAACGUAAGACUUUGCCAUGAGCCUGCUGCGUCAGACCAGUACUAGGAAGGAGGACGGUUGUAAGCAGUCGUUAUUUCGUGACAUUGUGGGUAAGGUGAGCAGAGGUUUGGCAUAUGUUUAUAGAGCAUGGGAUGAUAUAUACUGAACAUUUGGAUAUUUAAGAUACAUGACGUGAGAUUACUUUGUCCCAGUUACCCCCUCCCGGUUAUCUGCUAGAACCUUGUUCUCAAUCACUGCUUUCCCUGUGUGUAUUAGAAUGCAUGUACGGUCGUCUUGUGUCCCCAUCAAAUACCACGUGCUAGAAAUACUUCGCUCUCUGCUUAUUAAUGUGCCCCAUGUACAAGUCCAGUCUACCUUUGCAUGAUCUGAUCAUUCCAUGGCUGUGGUUCCUAAGACUUGCUAAAAUCAUCGCCAUUCAGCAAUGGAGUGAUGUUUUCCAGUAAGAGAUAUUUGCCGAAUUCCUGGCAUGACACUCUGGUGACUUCCUGGUGAGACCCGGCCUGGCCUUGUCCAUCCGGGUCGCACUGUAACUCAGACAUUCCAAGGGUAUGGGAAGCCGCAGUCACACCUCACGCUCUGGACAUUUAGGCAAGCAGGGUUCCCCCCCCCACCCCCACCCAACACCUUGGGGAUCAGCCUCCACGUUCAGAAGUUCACGCUCCUUCAAGCAGACGGUGAUUUGGAACCAAGGCAACUGUUGGAAACCACACGUCCUGAAGCAAUCUGGGUGACAGUCCCUCGGAGUCCGCCUGCCGUCGUCCUGUUCCGGGGGCCUUGCUGAGAGCCACGUCUGCGCCCGCCCUUGAAUCCUGGGGACUGAUGGUGCUCACGACUCUUCCUGCAAGGGAACUUGAGACCUCCACGUUAAGUGGCUUUUUUAACAAGAAAAAACAAAAACAAGGCAGCUGUAGCUCACGAGCUGCUCUUCUGCCAGCAUUUUCACAUUUUGCCUUUCACGUGUUAGAAGCCCGUGCAGAGAAGUUCUGUGGUGGGAACGUUUGAGGCAUCGCUCCGCAGAGCCUUGGUGAGGUGUGGAUGAGGCUGAGGUGCCAGAGGCUGUAAGCAUUUUUGAGUUGGGCUUGUUUGUUUGUUUUUUGAAGUCCUGUAUAUGUAUGUAGUAGUUUGGGUGUGUAUAUAUAGUAGCAUUUCAAAAUGGAUAUACUGGUUUAACCUCUUAUCCUUGGAAAACAGAUGGCCGUCCAUCUUGUUACACGUACGUUAGAGAAGUAGCGAGCUGCUCUGCUAUAUGCCUUAAGCCAAUAUUUACUCAUCAGGUCAUUAUUUUUUACAAUGGCCAUGGAAUAAACCAUUUUUACAAAAAUAAAAACACACAAAAAAAGUGAGGUGUUUUGGUAGAAUACCUUUUCAGGUGUGUGUAUACAUGGAUGCAUGAUGGGGGGUGGGGGGCGCAUCUCAGGGUCUUCUGUGACCUCACAGAACUGUCGAACUGUACAGAUUUCCAACUUGCCAUAUAAAUGAUGGGUUUGCAUUUUAGUUGCAACAAUAAAAUUUUUU